CUAUUUUUUGAUGUUGUCUGAAUACAUCUAACAAAGAUCUAAUGCAGAAAAAACUGAUUACGAGCUGUUCCUAUUCCUUGAAUGGUAGGGGCGAAGUGUUCCUGUAGUUGAUUUUUCCUCUAUCAGUAGUCUUUAAUACGAUCACAGCAUGCAUCACAAUGCUUUAAAACAGCAAAGCUUCUGGAAAACCCAAACAAAAGGAACGUCACUGGGUGACGUCAGCCUAUAUACAGUUCUGUGUGGUCGCAGCACAUAAGCAAAUCCAUUCUUGUACCGUUUCCCUGAAAAGCUUUUCAGUAAAUGCACUCAUGCUACUACCGGAGCUUCUCUCAGCAAUAAGCCGCCCAUCUGCCAUCAACAAGUUAGGACUAAAAGAACCCACAGCUGCGGAAAAAGAAAACGUGAGCUUCAAUUAAACAGCUGAGCAGUCACAGGAGGAAAAACUUAUAUUAAGCAUUGAAUUACAGACCUGUCACAGGAAAUCAAGCCAGCAAAUUCAAAAGGAAUAUUUUAAAGAGAGCAUGGUGGAUUCAUUUUUGCACUAAUAUCGAAGGACACUAGAAAACAGUAAAUUAUUCAAAGGCUGUCUCUUACAUUAGAGCCUUUUACAGACUCACUGCGUUGAGUCUAAAACUACGACUGAAUGCAACCUCCAAUGUACUCAAAAGAAUGGGCUUACAUUUCAAGUGGCCAUUAGGGGCUCCUAUGCUGGCAGCACUAUAUGCAAUGAGUAUGGUUUUAAAAAUGCUGCCUGCCUUGGGCAUGGCAUGUCCACCAAAAUGUCGCUGUGAGAAGCUGCUCUUUUACUGUGACUCUCAGGGGUUUCACUCAGUGCCAAACACCACUGAAAAGGGCUCUCUAGGUUUGUCACUGAGGCACAAUUAUAUUUCUGAACUUGAAAGGGAUCAAUUUGCAAGCUUCAGUCAACUUACUUGGCUUCACUUAGAUCAUAAUCAAAUUUCAACAGUAAGAGAAGAUUCUUUUCAAGGACUAUAUAAACUUAAGGAAUUAAUCCUAAGUUCCAACAAAAUCUUUCACUUGCCAAACACAACUUUUAACCAACUGCUUAACCUGCAAAAUUUGGACCUCUCUUUUAAUCAGUUAUCUUCUCUGCAUCCCGAGUUGUUCUAUGGCCUUCGUAAACUGCAAACCUUGCAUUUACGUUCCAACUCCCUGCGGACUAUCCCAGUCCGCCUUUUCUGGGACUGUCGUAGUUUGGAGUUUCUGGAUUUGAGCACAAAUCGCUUGCGAAGUUUGGCUCGCAAUGGAUUUGCAGGAUUAAUCAAAUUGAGGGAGCUUCACCUAGAGCACAACCAGCUGACAAAGAUUAAUUUUGCUCAUUUCCUACGGCUAAGCAGUCUGCACACACUCUUCUUGCAGUGGAACAAAAUUAGCAACUUGACAUGUGGGAUGGAGUGGACCUGGGGCACCUUAGAAAAGCUAGAUUUGACUGGAAAUGAAAUCAAAGCCAUCGAUUUGACAGUUUUUGAAACCAUGCCUAAUCUUAAAAUACUCCUAAUGGAUAACAACAAGCUAACCACUCUGGAUUCCAAGAUCUUAAAUUCACUUACAUCUGUAACUACAGUGGGCCUAUCCGGCAAUCUGUGGGAAUGCAGCCCAAAGAUAUGUGCAUUAGCCACAUGGUUGAGUGGUUUCCAAGGUCGGUGGGAGCACUCCAUACUCUGCCACAGCCCAGACCACACCCAGGGAGAGGAUAUUCUAGAUGCAGUUUAUGGCUUUCAGCUUUGCUGGAAUUUAUCAACUAUUGUUACAUCCAUGGCUACGACUUACAGAGUUCCAACAACAGAGUAUACAAAAAGAAUAAGCUCAUCUAAUUUCCAUGUGGGAGACAAAGAAAUUCCAACUACUGCAGGCAUGAUCACUACCACUGAAGAAAAUUUCCCUGAACCAAACAAUGCCAUCUUCACUCAGCGGGUAAUUACAGGAACAAUGGCUUUAUUAUUUUCUUUCUUUUUUAUCAUUUUUAUAGUGUUCAUCUCCAGGAAAUGCUGCCCUCCCACAUUAAGAAGAAUUAGGCAGUGUUCAAUGAUUCAAAACCACAGGCAACUCCGAUCCCAAACAAGGCUACAUAUGUCAAACAUGUCAGACCAAGGACCAUAUAAUGAAUAUGAACCCACCCAUGAGGGACCCUUCAUCAUCAUUAAUGGUUAUGGACAGUGCAAAUGUCAGCAGCUGCCAUACAAAGAAUGUGAAGUAUAAUAUCUACAAGUCAUCAAAAAUUAAACCAGAUAAGUAACCUAUUUUAAAAUUGUAGGGGACCUACAUAAAAUUCUAAUUUUUACAAAUGCUGACAUAAAGCCUAAUUUUCCAAACUACUUAAUGGAAACAUUGUUUAUGGAGUGGUGCAGUAUUUUUAAGUUUUUUUUUUAAAAAUAAACCCAUAAUAUUUUCAGUGUUAAAGAAGCAAUGAUUACAUUAAAUUUGCACUCCUAAUGUUUGAAAGUCUAAAAAGAUGCUCACCUCAAGAUAUGUAAGAUGUUUCAUGUUAUGUAAUUAUAUGACUAUGUGUAAACAUUUAUACUGAAGUCUCCAUAUUCUACUUUUUCUAAUGAAAACAGUCUGAAUGAAAGGAACAUGUUCAGAGAUCUGCAAGGGAACAUGCAUUACAUUUGUUCCAUUGUAGUUAUUUGAUCCCAAACAUUCCAGCUGGCUCAGUUUACUCUAAGGUACACUAGGAGGAACAUUUUACUUGUGUAAUAAUUUGACUCUUAAAUAUACAAAUCAGUUAAUUGCAGGAGGUGUGGGAAGGGAAUUUCAAAUGUUUCAGAUGCUGUCCAUAUUGACAGUCCAGCUUUCCUAAACAUACCUUUGCUAAAGAUCAUGACAAAAUUCAUAAUGGAGCAGGUUACAAAUCGACUAGAACCACACUUCAAAUGCCUACAGAGUAUCCAACACUGCUUAUUUAGAAAGGCUCAAUACAAUGCAAUCAACAAAAUAUUAAAAGUGUUCCACUCUCAUUAGAUCUCUGGUUUGACUUUAUAAUGGGCAUAGCUUUUCAUGAAUUGAAGAAAAUUACUUAGGACUGGGAAUGAACAAUGUUUUAACAGCUUCUUGCAUGUAAAUAGCCUAAAUGCAAGUUUUAAUUAAAGUAAAUAUCAAUUGUGGGGCAAAAAGGGGCCAGGGAGAGAAGAAGCCUCUCCUUUCCUCCUCCCCUAGCUGAUGCUUCAUCCUGCCUGGAAGCUAUUUUCAUGCACUAAUGCGACUGGUUUCUCUGGAGACAGAAUUAGCCCUUGCAAUACGAGUCUUUUCUUGUCCUAUUCUUCUGAAAGCUCCAAAUUUUCCAAUUUUGUGUUAGUUAGUAAAAGGCAUUAAUUUUUUGAAUUGCCAAAGUGUUAGAGUAUAAUUAUGAAGGAGCUUCCUAGAAGAGGUUUCAUUUUCUACUUGAUCAAUAUGAGACAAAUUUAAGAUGGUAUACAGUUUUUAAAAGAACAAUUACUCCUUGCAAACCAUUUUUUUUAUCCAGAAACAGCAAGCAUUACUCGCACUGUCUCACAAAAUUACAUGAAAAUGUGUGAAGCUCUAUACACCCAGUAAGGUAUAAAAAGAAAAGGGAACAAGUAUGGUAUUUUUAAGAUGCUCAAAUAACAAAUAUUUUAAACAGUACUGGGGGGGGGGAAAGAGAGAAAGAGAGAGAGAGAGAGAGAGUGUGUGUGUGUGUGUGUGUGUGAUGCAGUGUUAAAGUUACCAGCAUAAACAGCUGAAGAAAGAAAAUUCCUCAGUCUUGACGUACCUUGAAAAAAAAUCAGCAAUUACAGUAUGUUAAUUAUGUGUUGCAGCAAACUAUUCUGCAAACUUUUCAAACAGAUAAUCACUGCAUAAAAAUCUGUUUAUUUUUCCACUCUGCUUUUAUAUUUUCAUAUUACCACUUAGCAAGGUAUUUAAGGCACAAUUAUACAAUGUUUUGAUAUUUUAUUGUGAGAAGAACAGGUCUGAGAUGACUAUAGCAAGAUAAGGAUGGCUUUAGUUAAGAUCUUUCAUAAAGCUCAGUGAACUGCUGUUUUGGAAGGCAUCUAUUUAUUACAAAAUGUUUAUUUUUCUUGCUUGGUCUCCCUGACUGUAUGGCUUCAGUAAAGAGUAGGAUUUUCCAAAAAGAUACCUUUAUUUAAAACCCCAAGCCAUUCAGCAUUAGAGUGUACACUGAUUUUUUUGCAUCACAAUUGUCCCAAGAAAGGAACUACUUUUACCAUAUUAAAGACUUUUGAUGCAUGUAGGGGGGAAAUAGUGGGGAUGUUCUACAGCAGUGAUGCUCAAACUAUCUGGUCUGCUGGGCUGGAGAAAUGGUUCAGGGACAGUCCAUGGGCCUGAUCCAGCAGGUGCCAACUCACUGGUGUGCCCCAACACCCUGGAUCUGGUUUUGGAAGCAAUUAAAGCUGCUACCACUCCACCACCACCACCAAAUUUCUGGACUUGUGGGGAACCACAUGGGUCCAGUACACAAUUCAGCAUGCCAUAUCUGGCCCAUGGGCCACAGAUUGUGUAUGACUGCUGUAUAGCAUUUAAAUUCUGCAUGCACCAAGAGACCAAAUCUCAGUUGAAAAAGGAGCGGCUUACUGACAGCAAUGUAUUAACUCCUUGUGGCAAGAUUUAUUUCAGUCCAUGCAAAUAUUAAUGUUUGUAACCUCCUGUUUAUAUCAAAGCUUCAGUCUCACUCUCUCAUAUAUGAACAUAAAUCACUUCAUAUCAUCUUAAGAAUCUGAGCAUGUCUAUGCAAGCCCAAUAGCUUAUUUCACUCUACAUGGUAGAAUACAUUACUGAAUAUUAGACGGCAAGUUAAAAGUGCUAAUUUUCAGGAAAACCUUUGGCAAGUUCAACUUUUCAGUGCAGAUAAUCUUAAGCUUUAAAUUAAGAUUGUGUGUUUAGUAACCAAAUUCACCAAUUAUUUCAGGAACAGCUGCCACAUUAUUUUGCUGCGAUGUUAUAACAACUAGAAGGACAAAGCUAAAUUCUACUGGAGCUAUCUGCUUCUCCCCUCCUCCACCCCCUACCCUAAACACACCCACAAUGUCCACCUUUUACUCAGUAAUUGCCAUUGUGUACUAUGAUUUAAAGCCAACUGCUGGUCUUCCUCCAUUGUGUAAAGGGAAUAUGCAGCUAGGGCUGCCAUACUAAUUCUAGAGCAUGCGGCUGUGCUGUAUUCACACGGCACACAAGAGCUGGUUGGACCUUUACCAGUCAUCCCACAUUUAGCACAGUUUGGAGUCAUGAUAAAGGCAGGCUGGCAAGCCUCUCACCUGUCUGGAUCUAAAACUCUUCUGUUCGUUUCCCACUCCAGAGUCCCAAUUGUGUUUCUUCUCUCAGUCUCAUCUAGAAUUUCUAUACUUUCCUAGAGUCCAUACCUACGAAAAACACAUUCCAUCAAUGCCUUCUUCUUUUGAACCAGUGCUCGUGGGUAUAGCCUUUACCUACAGAUCCAAAGCACCACCACACAGCGUAAAAAUAUGUAGGGAAGGUAAGAUUUAUCAGCUUGUACUUCACCCACUUGCAUUCAGCUGAUCUCUCAGCUGCUUUGGUUCAUAUUUGCCAUCCGAAUAGCGUUUAUCUUUUGGUUCGAAAAGCCGGUAACCACUGUUCAGCAAAUGAUUGUUUGAGGUUCAAACACAAGACAAAGCAAUGCUGGUUACAUCCAAUAUUGCAAGCCUUGUGAAUCUAGAUGAUGUCAAAAGAUGGCAAGCAAAACUAACUAGAUUUUCCCAGUAAUCAGAAGUAAACAGUGAGCUAUGCUAGCCUCUCAUGCAAGGACACACUAGAAGGAGCACUUCUUCAUGACUUGUUCAAACACGUAUUUAGUUUUCCAUCCUUCAUUGCUCGUGGCUUCUUCAUGGAGCAGAGUUUACAAGAAUUCUUCUGUUUGGCAAAUGCAGAUUGUUUUUAUUUCCUAAGGGAUGUAAGCUAACACCAUUUGGUUGAACUUCCUUCCUUAGCUGUGUGGCAGUAUUAGCACAGAGGACAACAGGCUCUUGAUCUGUACCCCCUUAUCUACUAUGUAGGAGGUAGUACAAAAUUCUAGUGACUUAAUUAAGCAGACAGAACCACCCCAGCUUCCAAAGACUAACUGGCGUUUUGGGUGCCUCAUACUUUGAUAGGCAACAAUGUAAAUUGUGUGUAUCCAUUUCCUACCCACUCUUCGCGAACAUUUCUUUUGCCAUCUUUAUGAUUAUUUUCCCAACUUACUCCCCUACCAUCAGCUUCAUUUUUCACACAUUUUUUUUCUAAUGAUUCCCUGGCCCCCAAUUUCAAGCUCAGCUAAAAGCAAACACAACAGAAUCGGGGUCUUCAAAAUACAUAAAUAAUCAUAGUAUUAGAGGGGUCUGAAAAUAGAUAGGACAUGCCCACACAUCUGUCUAAAUAUUUGCAGUAGUGUGCAUUUUCCAAAAGCAUGCAACUCUGAAGAAUUGCCAGUUAAGUAGGAUGGGUGAACUCUGGCUCCCAGAUUACCUGAUGCCAUUUAAAUUGGUGGGCGGAAAUGACACUUAUCAGGCAUCUGAUUUGCAGUAACUGAAAACAAUCUGUGAAAAUCCCUCCAAAGACAGACAAACCCUGCUACAAUACUUGAAAGCAGAAAAGCUUGAUUGCUUUUUAAACCAGAAAUCUGUAUUAAAAACACCUGUUUUUUUCUUAAUAUGCCUAUUUUAAUUCCUGUACUAGUUUAAUGAAAAGCAAGUUGAUUUAAUUUUGUGAUUUGAGCAGCUAUUAAAAUCCAUCUGUUCAAAUUUAACUAAUCCAUUCAGAUAGCUAGAUUUCAUCUUUCAUGCAGGAUUUCUUCACAAUAAAAAACUUCAGAGAAAUGGAGUAUUCCAUCUCCCAUUGAUUAAAAAAGAAAAUCCUGCUGAAGCUUAUUAAUAACAAGCCAGUCAUUCCAAUUCUCCUUUCUGCUCCUAGAACUGGGAUUUGCCCAUAAGGUGAAGCUGACUGAUACCAAGCUUUUGCUCUCUAAACAUCAUCCACUGACUGCUAGUAACAGUUAAAAUAAUGAAUGUAAUAUGCAGUAUUAAAACACAGAGAGAAUCUAGAAAGAGGUAACAGAACCUUUGUGACUAUAACCAAAUCUUACCCAUCUUACAUAGGGCGAAUUCAUGCCAUGUAAAGGCAAAAUGACAAAUAAUAAGCUUGUAUAUCUGUGAUGUAAACACCUGAAAGGCUCCAUUUGUUAUACUUUCAACUAAAUUUUUUUCAUCACAGCAAAAAAGAUUUUUAAAAUAUGAUGAAGUGAACUUUUCUAUCAGCAAUGAAACCAGAGAUUAAAAAAAAAAAAAAAGAGUCCUGACUGCAUUGUAUUUAAGUCAUAUUUAAGAGCCAUUUUUUGGUGGGAAAUACAUAAUGGAGUAAAAUGAAGUGCAGUGUACAGAAAAUUUGUUAUUAAAUUGUGUAUACUGUAAAACUGAAA